CAUAACUGUGUACAGCCCACUCUCUGCUUCCCCUACAUAGUCAUGGUCUCCACUCGAUCUUCCACCUCCACCUUGGUCACAAAAGAUGAGAAUCGUAUAGUGGCUGUGGUUACAGGAGCUAACAGUGGAUACGGUUUAGGAAUAUGUCAAAUGCUACUCCGUUGUUUAUCUCUUCCACCUGGUGAACCUCUCCCAGAAUCUGCUCCUCAACUCUCAGCCAUGCCCCCUUUUUUGAGACAUCUUUACCCCGGUAAAGAGUCGAAACUUCAACCCGGUCCUCCACCCACCUUGACAUUGGUCAUUGUAUGUCGCAAGUCCGUCGAUGCGGAAGCCACCAAAAAAACUGUAUUGGCGGAGCACUAUAAAGAUUUGGAGAAACGCAAGAGGAAGGGAAAGCCCGUGAGGGAAGGAUGGAGGGAUGGUCUGAAAAUACAAUUGGAAACAUGUGAAUUUUCUUUGAUGGGAGGGAAGAAUGGAAUUUUACAACUUUGUCAAAGGUUGAAUCGAACCCUCCCUCAUAUCACAUCAUUAUUCUUGAACGCAGGAAUGGCAGCGUUUGCCGGUGUCGACUAUUUCCAUGCUUUUCGUCAGAUAUGGAGGGACGGAUUAGCUUAUGCUUUUUCUCAUCCGGAAUUCAUGGUGGAAAUACCUGGACUAUGUACUGAUGAUGGUAGAGGGAUGGUAUGGAGUGUGAAUACUUUAGCUCCUUAUACAAUGACAACUGAACUCAUGCCCUUAUUACGACGCUCUCCUUCUUCACUCCCUUUCUCACCUCGUGUCAUGUAUACAUCAUCAGGUACUGCAACAUUCCAACACCUCCCCUCCAAUCCAUUGGACGAUUAUCAGCUCAUCGAAUAUCCUCGUUCAUACAGUCCGAGUAAAUAUAUGUGCGAUUUGAUUUUCUGUCAAUUGGACAAGACUUACGGCAAUGAAAUUGAUACAGGGAGGGAAGUCAGAUGUUUUGUAGCAGAUCCUGGAGCAAUGACCACUGGAAUCACGAGAGGAGGUUUUGGACCUUUUAUGUUGCUUCAAGAGAUUUUGUUCGGCCUUACCUGGUUGGCAUUUUAUUUGGCUCGUCUAGGUGGUUCACCAUGGCAUUCCAUGUAUCCUACAGAAGGCGUCCGACCAUUACUAUACGCAGCUUUCGUAGACCCUCUUUAUCUCCCUUCGGCAAAUAAAAUCCCAUCACCCAAAUUCCUCAUACAUGCUUCCCGAUGGGGUCAUACGACGGUGGAUUUUUCAGAAGUGGAUUCAUGGGUUGAAACUGAAGAGAUCGGUAUUGGUCUCAUGGAACGUUGUGAGCAGAUACGUUUGGAAUGGAGACGACGAGAGGGAAUAGAAUGACAAGUUUUGAAAAAUUCUUUAUUCUCAUUUCUCUCAUUCAACAAAUACAAACAAGGUAGAGAACGCGGAACGUGAUUCAUUCAUGGGUUUAAAUAACGGAUUUGAGAGGUUCACUUGGAUAUUUAUGACAAUUGAGAUUUUGGGAUAUAGUUUCAUCAUACCAAAAUUUCGAUGGAUGGUGGUUGAAUCAUCACAUGCAUCGCUAUUGCAUAG